AUGGUGAAUCAUCAUCCCAAUCGUCCUAAUUAUCGUCAUCGAUACCACCACCAACACAAUCGUCCUCCUCGCUGUUUUUUUCUCAAUACUACGAUCGGAAGCAGUCGUGCAACACCAUUAACACCAACACCAACGCAAAGACAACGAAAGGUGUUGAAACACAUUUUUUCCCCUAAUGCGAGGACUGCUUUUGCGUGCGCUGCGUCGGCGAGUGCUGCGAGUGGUGGUGGUGAAAAGAAGGUGUGUCCGGUGUGUCAAAACACCGGGUUAAAGCCGUGCGGGCAAUGCGAAGGGACCGGGGUAAACCAAGAGGAUAAAUACGGAGGGAAAGAUGGGUAUAAAAAAGGACAACCGUGUUGGCUUUGCCAAGGGAAGCGGAAGACGAUGUGCGGGAACUGCAUAGAUUUAACGGAUUCGUUUUGA